AGUUAUGUGUUCUCCAUGCCUGCUGCUUAUAAACUGCGCUCUCCCCUCUUAUCUCUAGCCGCCCAAUUAAGUUCGCACAAACUGAUACCAUGGAGCUUUACAAGUUCUUUCCAACUGUGUUUUUCACAUAUUUUUGUAUGCAUGCUCUUGUUCUUCACUCGUGCCUUGGUUUGAGACCAAGGGGAAACGAGACAGAUCAACUGGCCUUGCUAGAGUUCAAGGCUAGCAUAACCAAUGACCCCUUUGGAGUCAUGACUUCGUGGAACAAAACCAUCCACUUCUGCCAUUGGUAUGGAGUUUCAUGCGGUCGUCGUCACCAGAGGGUCACCAGGUUGGACCUGCGGUCCUCGAAACUUUCGGGCUCUAUAUCACCCCAUGUCGGAAACUUGAGUUUCUUGAGACGGAUUCAUCUACACAACAACAGCUUCAGCAAUCAAAUACCUCCAGAUUUUGGCCGUCUGCGCAGAUUGCAACAUUUACUAUUGCAGAAUAAUUCACUGAGUGGUGAAAUACCCUCCAACUUAUCCAGGUGCUCUCAACUCCUAAGAAUUUCUCUUGCUUUUAAUAUUCUCGUAGGAAAAAUUCCUAAGGAGCUUGGCACCUUGUCCAAGCUAACAGAUUUUGCAUUUCAUGACAACCAGCUCACAGGAAAUUUCCCCAACUCCUUUUCCAACAUAUCAUCACUUGAAAUUAUUUCUGCAACUAAUAACAAAUUGUAUGGGAGUAUUCCAGAUAUAUUUGGCCACAUGACCAAUCUUACAUUUCUUUCUUUCGACGCAAAUGACCUGUCAGGUACGAUUCCCCCCUCAAUCUUCAAUCUCUCUUCUAUCACAACCUUUGGCGUGACACUUAACAAAAUCCAGGGGACUUUGCCCUCAAACUUAGGUAUUGCCUUUCCAAGCCUUGAAUAUUUUUCUGUUGGCUGCAACCAAUUUAGCGGACCUAUUCCUGUUUCAAUUUCCAAUGCUUCAAAUCUGUAUCAUCUUGAUAUGGGAGGAAACAAACUACAUGGAAAUGUCCCUUCUUUAGAAAAUUUACCUAGGCUUGUGAGGAUAGAUCUUUCUGGGAGCAAUCUUGGAAGUGGGGGAGAUGGCGAUUUGAGCUUUCUUUGCGAUUUGACUAAUGCCACUGGUUUAGAACGGGUAGAAAUUCAAACUAACAAUUUGGGCGGUGCCUUGCCUCAAUGUAUAGCCAACUUAUCUUCUUCUCUUUUACAAUUCCACGCGAGUGGAAACAAAUUAGUAGGAAGUAUACCAAACGGGUUUGGAUAUUUGGUUAACUUGGAGAGCUUUUGGCUGUCUGCGAACCGACUUUCAGGUCACAUUCCACCGGACGUUGGAAAGCUUCAUAACUUAUAUCAACUAAAUAUGGGCUUGAACUCUCUUUCAGGGAAUGUUCCAUCCUCUUUUGGAAAUUUAAGUCAAUUAACUAUAUUAUAUUUACAUGAAAACAACCUUCAAGGCAAUAUCCCUUUGAGUACUUUGGCAGAGUGUGAGAAUUUGAGAAUGUUAUCUCUUCGUGUUAACAAUUUCAGUGGUGUCAUGUCUCCUGAAGUCAUCAGUCGUCUGUCAUCUUCAUUCUCUGUUUUGGAUUUAUCUGAAAACCAUUUGACUGGAUUCCUACCAAAAGAAAUAGGGCAUUUCCUAAAUCUGGAGGCUUUUCAUAUCUCAAAUAACAUGUUAUUUGGUGAGAUUCCUCCAAAUCUUGGGAGUUGUACUAAAUUAGAGUUUCUAGACAUGGCUGGGAACUUCUUCCAAGGGGAUAUUCCAUCUUCUUUGGGUUCACUAAGAGGUUUAAUAAGGCUAUCUCUAUCUCACAACAACUUGUCAGGCACGAUUCCAGAAUUCUUGGAGCUGUUUGAAUUUAUGCAAUCUUUGAACCUCUCCUAUAAUAAUUUUGAGGGCAUGCUACCAAUGGAAGGGAUUUUCAGUAAUGCAAGUGCCAUAUCAGUAGAAGGAAAUAGUAAACUUUGCGGUGGAAUACCUGACUUGCAUUUGCCAGAAUGCAAAUUACAACGUUCCAAGAAGGGAGGAUUGAGUCUAACCGUCAAAUGGGUAAUCUCUCUUAUUUUUGGUCUUCUUGGAAUCACGUUUGCCAUCUUGUUUUGGUACCUUUGUAGCGUAAGGAGAGAGAGAAAGGAGCACACUUCAAGUGAUUCAGAAGAAUUUCUCAGGCUAUCUUACCGAAGUCUUCUAAAUGCAACAAAUGGAUUCUCCAUUUCCAACUUUAUUGGUAUGGGAAGUUUUGGGUCUGUUUAUAAAGGAGUACUCGAACAAGGUGAAACAGUUGCCAUCAAGGUAAUCAAUCUCGUUCAUCGUGGGGCUUCCAAAAGUUUCAUUGCUGAGUGUGAGGCUUUCAGAAAUAUCAGACACCGUAAUCUUUUGAAGGUACUCUCUGUAUGUUCGGGGAUUGACUAUCGUGGUUGUGAGUUCAAGGCCUUAGUAUAUGAGUUCAUGGUUAAUGGGAGCUUAGAGGAAUGGUUGCAUCCAACUGAAACAAUUGGUGAAAACAUUGAGAGACCAAGGAGCUUGAUUUUUCCUCAAAGGUUGAGUAUUGCAAUUGAUGUUGAUGUGGCAUUGGAUUAUCUUCAUCAUCAUUGUGAGACGCCAAUAGUCCACUGUGACCUCAAACCCAGCAAUGUUCUUCUCAAUGAUGAUAUGGUUGGACAUGUAGGGGACUUUGGUUUGAUAAAGUUUCUUCGAAAAACUACUCAGAGUAGAGAUGGUAAUUACUCAAGCUCUGUCGGAGUAAAAGGGACAAUAGGUUAUGCUCCUCCAGAGUAUGGUAUUGGACAUGAAGUGUCGACACGAGGUGACAUGUAUAGUUACGGCAUCAUGCUGUUGGAAAUGUUUACAGGAAAAAGACCAACGGAUGAAAUGUUUCAAGGAACUUUAAACCUUCAUAACUUUGUCAAGGCAGCUUCUCCAGAGCAAAUGGUAGAGAUUGUGGAUCCCCUUCUUGCUUAUGAAGGAGUAGAAGAAAGCUUGAUUGCAAUAUUAGCAAUUGGUGUUGCUUGCUCUGCAGAGUCACCCAGAGAAAGGUUAGACAUUAGUGAAGUUAUCACGAAGAUGUGUCGGAUCAGAAACAAACUUCAGGAAAAUAGCAUAGGUGAAUAGAAGCAUACAUUACUGUUAUAUUCGCAUAGCGUGUUUAAAUAUGUUUUCCUUACAUGUAAGAAGUUUCCAUCUUUGUUUUAUCAAUAAACACAGUAUAGUUAUAUAGAAACUUCCAAGAUACGAAA